CGCUGCGGCAAAAAGAAGGUCUGGCUGGAUCCCAACGAAACUAAUGAGAUCGCCAAUGCCAACUCCCGUCAGCAGAUCAGGAAACUGAUUAAGGAUGGUCUGAUCAUCCGCAAACCUGUGACCGUUCACUCUCGUGCCCGAUGCAGGAAGAACACCUUGGCCCGCCGGAAGGGCAGGCACAUGGGCAUCGGUAAGAGAAAGGGUACGGCAAAUGCUCGUAUGCCUGAGAAGGUGACCUGGAUGAGAAGGAUGCGAAUUCUGAGGCGCCUGCUCCGCAGAUACAGGGAGUCCAAGAAGAUUGACCGCCAUAUGUAUCACAGCCUGUACCUGAAGGUCAAGGGUAAUGUGUUCAAGAACAAGCGGAUCCUGAUGGAGCACAUCCACAAGCUCAAGGCAGAUAAAGCUCGCAAGAAGCUCUUGGCUGACCAGGCCGAAGCACGCAGGUCCAAGACCAAGGAGGCUCGUAAGCGCCGUGAGGAACGCCUGCAAGCCAAGAAGGAGGAAAUCAUCAAGACCCUCUCCAAGGAGGAGGAGACCAAGAAGUAAACGCUGGCUGUCUUGUGUACAUAGUGUUUUCCAUCCACGAGCGUUCAAUAAAACACCGCAUCCAGGACUCGUCCC